AACAAACGUUGUAAGAUAACGGAAACAGAUAGGUCCACAUCCUUUGGUUAUAAAUAUGUAAAAUAAGAGCUUGAUCUAAUGUUACUUGAUCAAAGGGUAGUCAUAGCAAAAUGCUUCUCUUCUUGAAAUCUACAUCAAGAACAGUCCACCAUUGUCAUGAGGAAGAAGGAGUUCAGUACAACAAGUACAGUAGGGGUGAUGAAGAAGCAUGUGUUUCCCUCACAGUUUGGACAAAAUCACUUGUUUUCAGCUGUAAGGGCUUCACUGUGAUUGGCCCUGAUGGCAGCUUAGUCUAUAGAGUAGAUAAUUACACCGGCCGCCCCGAUCAAACCCUGCUCAUGGAUGGCUCAGGAAAUCCCAUUUUCACUAUCUGUCGUCGCAAGAAGCUGGGGCUAGUAGACAACCACUGGCAAGUCUAUGAAGGAGAAAUGGGCAACAACAACAUCAACUCAUCAUCAAAGAAACCUAUGUUUUGUGUGAGGAAGAACACAAGCAUCAUGAGAAGAAAACCUAGUGUUCUUGCAUAUGUUUCUGGUGGGAUGUUGUCCGAAAGGGGACACACCUACACGAUAGAAGGGUCGUACGUGCAUCGAUCGUGCAAGAUUUUGGACACGACGAAAAGGGUUGUGGCUGAGAUCAAGAAGAAAGAGGCCUUACCAGGAGGCGUGUCUUUUGGACUAGAAGUGUUUGAUUUAAUAGUUAAGCCUGGAAUUGAAUCAAGAUUUGCCAUGGCUAUUGUAAUAUUACUGGAUCGGAUGUUUUCCUGAAUCUUCAUCUCCAUUCCUUUUAA